AACAAGAUGGGAAUCAUGGCUGUGCUGAUGCUGCCUCUGCUACUGUUGGGGAUCAGCGGUCUCCUCUUCAUCUAUCAGGAGGUGUCCAGGCUGUGGUCAAAGUCUGCCGUGCAGAACAAAGUAGUGGUCAUCACAGAUGCCAUCUCAGGACUGGGCAAGGAAUGCGCUCGAGUGUUCCAUACAGGUGGGGCAAGACUGGUGCUGUGUGGGAAGAACUGGGAGAGGCUGGAAAGCCUCUAUGAUGCCUUGAUCAGCGUGGCUGACCCCAGCAAGACGUUCACCCCAAAGUUGGUCCUCCUGGAUCUCUCAGACAUCAGCUGUGUCCAAGAUGUGGCAAAAGAAGUCCUGGAUUGUUAUGGCUGUGUGGACAUCCUUAUCAACAAUGCCAGUGUGAAGAUGAAGGGGCCUGCCCACAAGAUUUCCCUGGAGUUGGACAAGAAGAUCAUGGACGCCAAUUACUUUGGACCCAUCACUCUGACCAAAGUCCUACUUCCCAACAUGAUCUCCCGGAGGACAGGCCAGAUCGUAUUAGUAAACAACAUCCAAGGGAAGUUUGGAGUCCCCUUCCGUACAGCUUAUGCGGCCUCUAAGCACGCUGCCCUGGGCUUCUUUGACUGCCUUCGGGCUGAAGUAGAGGAAUAUGACGUGGUGGUUAGCACUGUGAGCCCAACUUUCAUCCGGUCCUACCAUGUGUAUCCAGAGCAAGGACACUGGGAGCCCUCCAUCUGGAAAUUCUUUUCCAGGAAGCUGGGCUACGGCGUGCACCCAGUAGAGGUGGCCGAGGAGGUGAUGCGCACGGUGCGGAGGAAGAAGCAAGAGGUGUUCAUAGCCAACCCUGUCCCCAAGGUCGCGGUCUACAUCCGCACCUUCUUCCCCGAGUUCUUUUUCGCCGUGGUGGCCUGUGGGGUGAAGGAGAAGCUCAACGUCCCCGAGGAGGGUUGACUGCGAGAUGCCAGAUGUGGCACCCCAUGGGAAUAAAGGCUGUUCCU